AUGCAUUUUCAAGUAGUGCUGCCUUCUCAGGGAGUACUGCCUUUGCAACGAGUGCUGCCUCCCAAUGAGUGCUGCCUCCCAAUGAGUUCUGCCUUCGCAAGGAGUGCUGCCUUCGCAAGGAGUGCUGCCUUCGCAAGGAGUGCUGCCUUCGCAAGGAGUGCAGCCUUCGCAAUGAGAGCUGCCUUUGCAGGGAGUGCUGCCUUCGCAACGGCUGGUGCCUUUGCAAGGUGUGCUGCCUUUGCAAGGAGUGCUGCCUUCGCUAGGAGUGCUGCCCUUCUAAGGAGAGCUGGCUUCGCAAGGAGUGCUGCCAUCGUUAGGAGUGCUGCUUUCGCAAGGAGGGCUGACUUUGCAGGGAGUGCUGCCUUUGCAGGGAGUGCUGCCUUCGCAAGGAGUGCUGCCUUCACAAGGAGUGCUGCCUUCGCAGGGAGUGCUGCAUCCACAAGGAGUGCUGCCUUCGCAAGCAGUGCCGCCUUAGCAAAGAGUGCUGCCUUUGCAAGGAGCGCUGCCAUCGCAAGGACUGUUGCCUUCGCUAGGAGUGCUGCCUUCGCAAGGAGUGCUGCCUUCACAAGGAGUCCUGCCUUCGCAGGGAGUGCUGCCUUCGCAAGGAGUGCUGCCUUCGCAAAAAGUGCUGCCUUCGCAAGGAGUGCUGCCUUCCCAAGGAGUGCUGCCUUCCCAAGGAGUGCUGCCUUCCCAAGGAGUGCUGCCUUCCCAAGGAGUGCUGCCUUCCCAAGGAGUACUGCCAUCGCAAGGAGUGCUGCCUUUGCAAGGAGUGCUGCCUUCGCAAGGAGUGCUGCCUUCGCAAGGAGUGCUGCCUUCGCAAGGAGUGCUGCCUUUGCAAGGAGUGCUGCGUUCAGAAUGAGUGGUGCCUCCGCAAGGGGUGCUGCCUUCGCAAGGAGUGCUGCCUUUGCAAGGAGUACUGCCUUCGCAAAGUGUGCUGCCUUCGCUAGGAGUGUUGCCCUCGCAAAGAGGGCUGCUUUCGCAAGGAGGGCUGCCUUCGCAGGGAGUGCUGCCUUCACUAGGAAGGCUGUCUUCGCAAGGAGGGCUGCCUUCGAGAGGAGGGCUGCCUUCGCAGGGAGUGCUGCCUUCGCAAGGGGUAAUGACUUCGCAAGUAGUGCUGCCUUCUCAGGAAGUACUGCCUUUGCAACGAGUGCUGCCUUCCAAUGA